AUGUUUGUGAGCCGUACCCUGAAGUCGAGUGAGUUGAAUUAUGGUAUCGCGGAAAAGGAGGUGCUAGCCUUGCUGCGGAUCCUGGAUCUUAACUAUAAUGCCUUGGUCAAACGUCCGAUCCAGGUGUUGACCCGACACUCUACUUUGGCGUGGAUCUUCAGAUCCACAGCCUUGCAGCGCCAAUUAAGCCAGUGGGCUGCCUUGUUGUUGCCCUGGACUUUCAAGAUCACCAAGUGUGUCAAGGGAAAGGACGAGAGCUUAGGAGCAUUGGCAGCCAGUAUUACCCCUAGCUCUGAAGCCCCGAUUCCCACUAUUCGACGCGAUGAGGAGCUAUAUGCUGUUAGUUUCGAUGGAUCUGCUCGUGUCAAAAGAGGUGGAGGCGCCUACAGCGCGAUCUUGUGGAAGCUGCCGGAAUGGAAGGUGUUGAAGGCUAGAUCUGGAUACGCCGAAGGCUUGACAGUGAACGAGGCGGCAUACCAUGGAUUCUUGCUAUGUUUGGAUCUGUUGGAAGAUCUGGAUCCACGAAGUCUAGUGAUCUGCGAAGACUCGAACCUGGUGACCCGACAAGUACGAGGUGAGAUCGAUUGUAAAGCACCGGGUUUGACAUUGCUGCGCCAGCGGGCUCUGGAUCGACUACGUGUUUGGCCAGAUCAUGAGCUGUUACAUAACGGGAGUGCUGACAGCUUAACAAGCGCUGCACUGCAGCGACAAUGUGGGAUCGAGGUGGAGUCUGAGAAGGAGAUCCAGGAUCUAGUAGCCCUGAACCGGUUGGAUGAGAUCCUGAUAGUGAAAAUCGAAGACGAGGUCGCCCAGAUAUCUGCUGUAACGAUCCGAUCUAAAGUCAGAUCUGGAGUACGUAUGGGAUCUGAUCCAAAUUCCUUGCGCGAGGAAGUUGUAAGAGUACUGCGGAUCGAGCGGAUCCGGCAAGCACUAGAUGAGGAAUCAUGGAUUUCAGGGCUAAAGCAGUAUUUGGUCGGAGAGAUCCGAGACCUGACACAAGAAGAUGCUAAGGUAUUUGGAUCUAUUGCCAUAAAUUACGAAGUGGAUCAGUCGGAUCUACUCCUCUACUGCCCGACGACUAAGGAGGCUGCCGCAGAUCGAGACAAGUUGAUGCGAUUGGUGGUGCCAGAGACUCUUCAUCAGGACAUUUUGCAUCACUACCACACGAGCUUGCAGGGCGGCCAUCAAGGUAUCGGUCGUACCUACGAUCGGAUCCGCGAUCACUUCCACUGGGGAGGGCUGUAUAAGAGUGUACAGCGAUAUGUGGGAGAAUGUGUCGAUUGCGAAACGGGCAAAGGACGACCUCGGAUCCAGGGUGAAUCACCUGGUAACCUUCAGGCAACAUACCCAUUCCAGAUCAUCGCCAUGGAUCACAUCCCUUCAUUGCCUAGAUCAUUCAAUGGCAACAUAGAGCUGUUGAUCUUCGUGGAUCUAUUCUCUGGAUAUGUGACCGCCAAGGCCAGCGCCUCUAGAUCUGCACAAACGGUCGCUGAGACUUACGAAGAAUGCGUUUUCCGCAGAUUUGGUGCGAGCGAGGUGAUCCGGCAUGAUCGAGAGCCAGGUUUAAUGUCUGACUUCUUUAAGUCCUUCAACAAGAUCCUGGGUCAACGUCAGCGUGCUACUAUGGCCUAUCGACGCCAAGCUAAUGGAUCCGCCGAUCGUAUGGUCCAGACGACCACCAGGGCUCUUAAGAUGUAUGUGCAGGAUCUGGAUCAACGAGAUUGGGAAGAAUAUGCCGAACGGCUCACCUUCGCGAUCAAUAGCGCAAGAGAUCGGAUCCGAGGUGAAACCCCGUUUACAUGA